UGUUAAAGAGUUAUUGAAUAAGUUAUUAACAAUGAAGUAUAUUCUAGUAGUUUUGCUUCUAGUGUGUGCUUUCCAGCCUAACCAAACCAGACGAAGAAAGGUACCAUGCUCGAGACAUAAACCAUACUGUAAACCAGUUAAGAAAACAAUAAUUGAAACAACCAAAGCUCCAAUAAUCCCUCUACCCUUCAGUCAAGCUGUUUUAGCGGGAAAUACUUUAUACCUGUCUGGACAAAUCGGGAUAGACCCUGUCACACUGCAACUAGUUCCUGGUGGUCUUGUUCCUGAAACAGAACAGAUAUUCCAGAAUUUUAUUGCUGUAUUAGAGGCUGCUGGUGGUAGUUUGAAGGAUGUGGUUAAAGUUACAGCUUUUCUGACAGAUUUUGCAGAGUAUGCUGCAUUUAAUGCAGUCUAUAUGAAAUACUUUCCAAAAGACUUCCCUGCUAGAUCAUCGGCUCAAGUAGUAGCCGCACCACUAGGCGCGCAGUUAGAGGUUGACGCAAUAGCUGUUAUUAAUAAGUGCUGACGAGUUGAUUGAUAAAACGAGACAGAAAACAUCUUCAAGGAUGCAUGAAAUAUAAUAUAAUACAAAAAUAUUGUAUCAUGGAAUAAACUAUAUA